AUGAACUACUACUAUUCAGACCAUAAUUACGGCCAUGAAGAAGCGGAUGAUGCAGAGCCUUCAACUUCUCAUCCUAGCCAGAGUGAUACAAAAGGGUAUUCUUAUUGUUCGGAUCUAACUAAUGAAUUUGCACUUGAUGGUGAAAUAGGCAGUGAAAUAGGCACGAGACUGUAUCAAAUGAUCCCCAUCCCUCAUGUUCCUAGAAUUAAUGGAGAAAUCCCUUCAAUUGAUGAAGUAAUUUCAGAUCAUCAGAGGCUUUUGGACAGCGGCUUGAUAGUUGUUGCUGCUUUGUUCUUUGUACUCAGAUUGCAAAUGUACGACUUUGUAGAGCACAAGGUUCAAGGAGAUGGUAAUUGUCAGUUCCACCAAUUUGUAAGGCAGCAAGUUGUGAAUCAGCUUAGGUCUCAUCCAGCGAUUUAUGGGGGAUAUGUUCCCAUGGAAUAUGGUGAUUAUUCAGAGAAGAUGUCCGAGUACUAA